AAUGUUAGGAGUUCAUUUUGAUAAAAUAGAUGAUAUAUAAUUUGGAUUCUUACUUCAUAGUAAACAAUUUUUAACAACCUGUAUAGAACUACUUUCUUAAGUCAUCAAGAUGGAAAAUAUGCAUGACUGAUUUGUAUAAUCUCAUUAUGGACUUCAGAUUUUUUUUUCUUCCUUUUACCUGGGUGGUGUAACACGGUAUUAUGUGUAUCUAAUGUCUUUCUCGUAGAUUUAUUAAUUGGAUGGGAGAUAAUGUGUGGGCACAAUUAAAGGCACAUUGGGAGUCCUUAAGUUUCAAGAACAGGUCUGAAAUAAAUAAAAGAAAUCGUGAAUCUAUAGAUGGUGCAUCUCUUCACACCGGUGGAUCAAUUCCUCAUAGAGUGCAUUGGAAGAGAAUGAAGGAGGCAAAGUUAGGAAAGGAUCCAUCAUUGAGUGAAUUUUAUUUUCGGACACAUCAGAAAAAGGAUCAUAGUUGGGUGGGUCCUCAUGCAGAAUUUGCUUAUGUACAAGUUAUGGUGGAUUGUAGAUACAAGUUGACUCUAGUUCAUG